AUGGAUUACUGCACCAACGAUUUCUUGAACCGGGACGACAGCUCACAGUCGUCUAAACACGAACAAACGAUGAAGGUCGAGGAGAAGAUUAGCCACUCCAAGAAAAGAUCUCGUGUCCCUUGUCAAAUUCCAAGGAGCAACAAGAGCAUGAAAUGCAGCAAUGAAGAUAACCCUAACAUUAGCAGCAAUGCAGUGGUUUGUAGAAAGCAGCAGUCCUCGAGCAGCUGCUGCUCGGAAGAUGAGUCGAAUGAGGUCAUUGGGACGACUUCCUGCUCCGGUUCCAAGGGCGGGCGGGCUCCCAAUCCCAGUGGCAAAACACGUGCCAGUAGGGGUUCGGCUACCGAUCCACAGAGCCUCUAUGCAAGGAAAAGAAGAGAGAGAAUCAACGAGAGGCUCAGAAUCUUGCAAACCCUAGUCCCCAAUGGAACAAAAGUUGACAUCAGCACGAUGCUGGAAGAGGCUGUUGAGUACGUGAAGUUCUUGCAACUCCAGAUUAAGCUGUUGAGCUCCGAUGAUCAAUGGAUGUAUGCUCCGAUUGCCUACAAUGGCAUGGACAUUGGACUCAAUUUGAGACAACAAUCUUCGUGA